UUCUCAUUGGUUGAAAGUAUGCGGUGUGGGCGGGCUCAAUCUUCGUGGCACUGUCGGGGGGCGGGACUGUGAGGUGCAACAGGAAAAACUCAAGAAAGAUGACUGCAAUCAGAAAGAAACUCGUGAUUGUUGGAGACGGAGCGUGUGGAAAAACCUGCCUCCUCAUAGUUUUCAGCAAAGAUCAGUUCCCUGAAGUUUACGUGCCCACAGUGUUUGAAAACUAUGUGGCAGACAUUGAGGUGGAUGGUAAACAGGUGGAGCUGGCUCUCUGGGACACGGCAGGUCAGGAGGACUACGACAGACUGAGGCCUCUCUCCUAUCCCGACACAGACGUCAUACUCAUGUGUUUCUCCAUCGACAGCCCCGACAGUUUGGAGAACAUUCCAGAGAAGUGGACUCCUGAGGUGAAACACUUCUGCCCCAACGUGCCCAUAAUCCUCGUAGGAAACAAGAAAGACCUGCGAAAUGAUGAGCACACACGCCGAGAGCUGGCCAAGAUGAAGCAGGAACCGGUGAAAUCAGAAGAAGCGAGGGAUAUGGCAAACCGGAUCAACGCCGCUGGUUACCACGAGUGCUCAGCCAAGACGAAGGACGGCGUGAGGGAGGUGUUUGAGAUGGCCACCAGGGCUGCGCUAGAGAGCAAGAAGCGAGGCAAGAAGGGCGGCUGCGUUCUGCUUUAGAGCAUCUGUUCACUCAGGGUUAAAUGGGAGGGAGGGGAUUGCCUGCUCUGUGGGCACAGCUGAGCAAGGCACUCAGGGGAGGUGGGAGAAAAUCAAACCAGGCCAAAGGGACUAAAGGAGGGUUAAACGCAGAAGAAAAGGGACAUUGAAGUCCAAGGUUAUAGCUUUUAGCUUUUAAAUACUGUACUCAAGUGUGUCAGGAUUUAUCAACCUCAAAUUAAGAGAAUGAAAAGCGAAGGGGGGAGGGCGAGUACUGUAAGGUUUUUCCAGUACGAAUGGGGGUAGUGUGGGGGUCUGUGAUGGUUUGUUUAAAGCCGUUUUCACACGUGCACUCCUGAAAAUCCCUAGAAAAUUUCCGACAGGCUGACCCUAAAAUCUUAAUGAGUUAUUUCACACAUCCACCUCUGUGGGAGAUUUUCCCCGUCAGAGGCGAGGGGUGGGAUCAACGCAGAGAUGGCAGACGAAGCAACAGAAUCAGACGCCAUGAGGACAAUCUAUGCCUUCAUUCCAGUGCUACAUGUUAUUGGAUUUAUUCACGGUAUCAACAAACGAGCAGAAAACAUAAACAAACAGAAAAUAUAAUGAAGCCGUUUCACUGCAAUCAGUAAAAUAAGCUGAAUGUAUCCUGCUGCGUUUUCACAUCAGCUAACCCCGACUUCAUGCCGUAAACCUACAAGGGGGGCUGGCAGGAAGAAUUCCAGGUAGAGUUGGGGCCAAAAAUUCCGACUUUUGUUGCAGCUCACCCCGGCAAAUUUCAGGAAAUUUCCAGGAGUUUGUGUGUACGUGUGAAAGCGCUGACCAGGAGAUCAGGUCCAGCAGAGGGUCUCUGUCAGUGUGGCUGUACCUUUCUUUUAGUUUCUGCUUUCAGUCUAUGAAAUUAUUCUCCUUUAGCUACCUUCAAAAACACUCCAACAUUACCGUAAACGGACCACUUGUACUUUAAAGAUCUUGGCGUUUGAUUGAUGGCAUUAUUGGAUUACAGGACGGUGAUGAGACCAGCUUUUUUGAGCUUCUUACUGAAUGGCUCAGUCUUAUUGCAGACUGUCAAACACACUGUAUAUGGUUGGGUUAUAAAGGGUUGAUAAGGUUGUAUUUUCCUCUUACUGUAAAUUCUCAAAUAGCAGCAAAGCCCUGAGCAGACCCCCCCACACCUAACAUACACACACACACACACACAUAUAUAUAUAUAUAUAAAGGGCUGUAUUAGAGAAAAGCCUUUACUUCAUUAUAUCUUAAGAGAAGCCGCCAUGUUUACUGAGCUGCUUGUCUUUUCAUUUUCUGUUGAUGCGUAACUUCUUCCAUUUUCACCUCUAGCCUUGAAAUGUUCAUUGAUCUUAAAUUCCCUGCAGCAUCGUUUCCAGUCUCACAGAUUUUAGUCACUGAAUUGAAGUUGUUGGUUUUUUUUUUUUUUAGAUUUAUAUUUUGGCUUUUUGUGCCUUUAUUGGAGAGACAUUGGCAACGUUUCAGGGUGGAAUCAUUGCCAAUGUAUUUGUGGAUUUUAGAAAGUGUCGUCUCCUCUGCUCUGUUUGUAAGAGACAAACGCAACGCAAAACGUCUUUACGAGACGACAAAAGUACUCGAGAGACAUUAGUACUCAACCGCUGGACCGCUGCUGCUCUCUCUCUUUGUCUCACGUGCAGCUUGUGAUUUAAAUUAUGACUGAAAAUCGUUUUAAAACCUUUGCUAGUUUUCGAUAUGUUCUAUCAUUAAAAACAGAGAUUACAUCGUUUGAAAAUGUGAUCUAUCUUAAAGUAUCAUCAAACAUUUUGACCACGCUAUUGCCCAUUCAUUUUCACGGUCUUGUUGCCAGUGGUGCAAGUGCUUCAAAAUAAGAGCCUCUACUGCAGGCUUUUAUUUUGAAGCAUGAGCAGGAACAGGUUAAUUUCAGUGUCCAUAACCUGACCGGUGUUAGGAACUGCAAAUCUAAGCGACUGAUAUGGAGCUAAUAGGCGAGUUUGUUGCUGUGGAGAUGUACACGGUGCUGAAUCCUUUGAGACAUUACAUCCUGCCCUCCCUCCGUCACUCAGCUAUUAUUUUUUUGUCUUGCCUUGAUUUUCUUUGUUCACUGAUUGUGUUUCUCUUUUGGUCUUCUGUUGUAUUUUAUUUUAACGUGAUGUGAUAUUCUACUGGCUUACAUUGUAUUAUUUGCACACAACUCAAAUCACAGAGGUCAGUUUGGUAUUUACCGUUUGGAGCAGAAUGUCAAAUAAUGAAAUCACAACUGUUCAAUGAGAGGAUUAUUCUUUUAUAUACAAACGUCUCCUCCAGGUGUCUUUUUAUGUAUUCUAAAGGAAAUAAAUCCUAACUGCUAAUGACCAAA